AUGCCGCCUCGAAUCCCAAACAAAACAUCCCAGGUGGCGAAGAGACAAGAUGGGGAUGCCGAUUUCCAUCAGAGUCGGAGGAAUAUGCGGGACACAAGUGUGCUCAAAACUCAAGAAAGCGACGGCAACGAGACGUCACGAUGGGCCGAGAACGGGCCUGCUGCAGGCGAGAUGCAGUCGUUGAAGGAAGAGAAAAGAAACAGUGAUGGAGCGGAGUUUGCUGUAUACGGAAAGGAUAUCGCGUUUACGGGAACAAUCGUGAGCAUGGGACGGAAAACCGUUCCACAAAGGACAAAUCUCAUCAAAGCCAAGCACAGAAUUGAUUCCCGACUGGGUGUAACCGCGCAUGAGAUACAGCAGCUCCUGCAUCACCGGCCUGUGGUAACUGUCAGGGUAUUGCUGGACUGGAUGGGUUCUGUGAGUCGGGCUGAUAUCGAACGAGCUCUACCGCUAUGCGGGUACAUGUUCAAGGAUGGGCCCUGGAAAAAAGCAUUGAUCAAAUUUGGUGUUGACCCAAGGUCUAGCCCCGAGUUCCGGCAUUAUCAAACGGUCACGAUGGAGAUGGAUUUCGACCCCAUUGUCGAACGUGGAAAACAUGACCGGACGAAGAGCGGAGAGCUCGUCUUCCCGCAAUUUCUCAAAGGGGAUGAUAAUAUUCCUCAUGUCUUCGGUGGAACGAAGUUCGUGCCAGACAAUAACGCCUGGCAGAUCUGUGAUAUUAGCGACUCCCUUUUACGGCGUAUUGUGUCGACAAAUGAUGUUUGCUCGGGAGUAGACCAUAUGGACGGGUUCUUCUGGAACGGAACAAUGGCGAAAUUAGAAGUGAUCAUGCGCGACAAGCUUGUAUGCAUUCGGGACGGUGGUACCCCUAAUGAUGCGGACUACGAGUGCCUUUUGUCUUUCCCAGACAAAUACAAACCACCAACAGGGCGUGAUUAUGACAGGUAUGGCUUGGAUUUUGGAGAGAAAUAUACCCAGAAGCAGGUUUAUCUGAGAGGCCAGAUAGUGAGAAGGGCGAGAAGAAGUGCGCCCUGA